UAAGAGAGAGUGCCCUCCCAUACGCCCGGUGUCCUCGAGGUGGCUGGGCCGGAGGCGGUCACACAAAGGGCGCUCCAGCCGCUGUCGACCAUAGAGAUGCGGCUCCCGCCGGCUUCGGGCCGGGAGCCUUGCAGGUUACAAAACGCCUUUCCCGUUCGCUGACUUUUGGGAUCCAGCUUUCGCCCGACGAUGUGGACGCUGUUAUCGCCUCCAUUUUACAGAUAGGAAAGCUGAGACCCAGAGAGGCGAAGCGACUGCAUCUGCCCGAGGCCACCCGCACUUAAGAAGCCACAGCACUAAAGCCGGCGGUGAUGACAGACUCCGGGUUGGACUCACAGCCAGCCAGCAGUACUGGGGAGAUGGAUACACUGUGCCCCGAACUAUUGCUGAUCUCCCCGCCUCUCUCUAAUCGCGGAAUCUUAGGGCCUGUCCAGAGCACCUGUCCAUCUGGGGAUCCCACACCUUUGCCACCUGAUCCAAGCUGCCUACUGGUAGAAGCCACAGCAACUGAAGACGACCCAGAGAACAUGGAGAUCAUUGUGGAAACAGUAGCUGGAGCCCUGUCCUCAAGUGCUCCUGGAGAGACCCCAGGUGUCCUGGUAAAGGUGGUGGAGGUGUACUUCUGUGAGCGCUGCGAACAGAGCUUCGCAGAGCCCACUCUGCUGUCCCUGCACCAGUGCACUGAGCCCCAGACACAGUCUGUGCAGGGCCUCUCUAGCCCCCCGUGCUCUGUAGAGCUACCCCCCAGCAACCCCACACUUCCUGGCCCUCUGCAGGGCCAGAGCCCACCAGAUACCCCCCUGCUGUGCCCUGUGUGUAGACAGGAGUUUGCCCAACUCCAGGCCCUGAAGAGCCACUUCAAGAUUCAUCGAGGCACUCCCAGCACCUUCUCCUGCUCAGAGUCUGGCUGUGUGUUUUCUGCUGAAGAUCGCAAGGGUCUACAGCACCACCUGAGGCAGACCCAUAGAGCAGUGCCUGUGCCCUGUUCUUUCCGGGGCUGUCCCCUGCUUUUCGGGAGUCAGCAGGGCAUGGAGCUGCACCGGCGGGCCCAUGACCCUUUCCACUGCAGCCAUUGCAAUUUCAUGGGCUCCAACGUCAAACUCUUCCGGCAGCAUCAGCGGAGCCAUGGGGCCAGGACACAGGGAGAACUUUCUGCCUUUCAGGGCCUUCCAUCCCAGGAGCUGCAGACAGUUGCCAAGCUGCCUCCAGGAGAGGGAGAACCUUCAGAGGAUGCAAGCACACCCUUGCCUGGUCAGGAGCUAGCUGAAGAAGAGGACAUAGAAGAAAAAGAGAAGAGUGGCACCCAGAAAGAUUCACGGAAAGCCCAGGUGGACACAAGUAAUGGUGCUGAGUCUCUCUUCAAGACCCACAUGUGUCCAGAGUGCAAGCGUUGCUUUAAGAAGCGGACCCAUCUGGUAGAGCACCUGCAUCUCCACUUCCCAGACCCCAGUCUCCAGUGCCCCAACUGCCAGAAGUUCUUCACCAGUAAGAGCAAGCUCAAGACCCACCUGCUGCGGGAGCUGGGUGAGAAGGCCCACCGCUGCCCACUGUGUCACUAUAGUGCAGUGGAGCGAAAUGCACUCAACCGCCACAUGGCCAGUAUGCAUGAGGAUAUUUCCAACUUCUACUCGGACACCUAUGCCUGUCCUGUCUGCCACGAGGAAUUCCGCCUCAGCCAGGCCCUCAAGGAGCACCUCAAGAGCCACACAGCAGCAGCAGCAGCGGAGCCCGUACCCUUUCGCUGUUUUCAGGAAAGCUGCAGCUAUGCAGCGCCCGAUCGCAAGGCCUUUGUGAAGCACCUGAAGGAGACCCAUGGGGUCCGGGCUGUGGAGUGCCGCCAUCACUCAUGUCCCAUGCUCUUUGCCACAGCUGAAGCCAUGGAGGCCCACCACAAGAGCCACUAUGCCUUCCACUGCCCCCACUGUGACUUCGCCUGCUCCAAUAAGCAUCUAUUCCGCAAACACAAGAAGCAGGGCCACCCUGGCAGCGAAGAGCUGCGAUGCACCUUCUGCCCCUUUGCUACCUUCAACCCAGUGGCCUACCAGGACCAUGUAGGCAAGAUGCAUGCUCAUGAGAAGAUCCACCAGUGCCCUGAGUGCAGCUUCGCCACUGCCCACAAGCGGGUGCUCAUCCGACACAUGCUGCUGCAUACGGGCGAGAAACCUCAUAAAUGUGAGCUAUGUGACUUCACGUGCCGAGAUGUGAGCUAUCUAUCCAAGCACAUGCUGACGCAUUCUAACACCAAGGAUUACAUGUGCACUGAAUGUGGCUAUGUCACCAAGUGGAAGCACUACCUCAGUGUGCACAUGCGAAAGCACGCAGGGGACCUCAGAUACCAGUGCAACCAGUGCUCCUAUCGCUGUCAUCGGGCUGAUCAGCUGAGCAGCCACAAACUGCGGCACCAGGGCAAAUCCCUGAUGUGUGAGGUGUGUGCCUUUGCCUGCAAGCGGAAGUAUGAGCUACAGAAGCACAUGGCGUCCCAGCACCACUCUGGCACACCGGCCCCGCUCUACCCCUGCCACUACUGCAGCUAUCAGAGCCGCCACAAGCAAGCCCUGCUGAGCCAUGAGAACUGCAAGCAUACCCGCCUCCGGGAGUUCCACUGUGCCCUCUGUGACUACCGCACCUUCAGCAACACCACCCUCUUCUUCCACAAGCGUAAGGUCCACGGUUAUGUGCCCGGAGACCAGGUCUGGCAGCUCCGCUAUGCCAGUCAGGAGCCAGAGGGUGUCAGGCAGUGCCCAACACCCCCACAAGGCUCAGAGCCCUCAAGUCAGUUGUCCUCCCCUCCUGAGGAGCCAGGCCACGACCCUGAGACCAUGGUGGCCCCCAACUUGGACCAGACCUUGCCAGAGACAAGUGAAGAGGUCAGCACUGGGAGACAGGAUGGCAGUGAAGCUCCCCAUGGGGAUGACCUGGUUGGCAGCCCCAGCCCAGCAGAGGAGGAGGAAGGUGGCUGCACACUACACUUAGAGGCCCUAGGAGUAGAGCUAGAAUCUGCGGCCGAGACAUCCCUUGAGGAGAUCACUGAAACUGCCCCUGUGGAGUUCAAGACCCUGGAUCCCUCAGGGCCCCUGGACCUGGAAGGGCCAACACUGCCGAGCUUUGACGGCGUUGGAACUUCUGGCUUGGGUGCUGAAGAGUCCGUUCUGGAGAAACCAGUCCAUGAGCCCCCUCCGUCCUCAGAUGAGGGCCCUAACACCUGGGAGGAGAACCUCCCUCCUCAGAAGAGAAAUCCACCACCCUCAGAGGAGGCCCCGAACAACUGGGUGGGGACUUUCAAGACAACCCCACCUGUGGAGAUAGCACCAGUGCCCCAGUUCCCUGAGUCAGAGUCAUUACUCAAGGCUCUAAGGAGGCAAGACAAAGAACAAGCAGAGGCUUUGGUGCUGGAGGGGCGGGUGCAGAUGGUGGUGAUCCAGGGGGAGGGGCGCGCCUUCCGCUGCCCACACUGCCCUUUCAUCACUCGCCGGGAGAAGGCCUUGAACCUGCACUCCAGGACUGGGUGCCAGGGCCGCCGAGAACCCCUGCUGUGCCCUGAGUGUGGGGCUAGCUUCAAGCAACAACGUGGCCUCAGCACCCAUCUUCUAAAAAAGUGCCCGGUUCUUCUCAGAAAGAACAAGGGCUUGCUUAGACCAGAUUCUCCUGGCCCUCCGCCUCCCCUGCUCCCAGGCGCCCAGGACUCAGAGGAUGCAGAAGGUGGGAAGCCCCCACCUGCACCAUUAGAUGUAGAGCUGCUGCUUCCAAAAACUCUUCCUUCUGAGCAUCCCAGGGAGCCUGAAGAAAUAGAUGAGCCUUUUGCCACACACUCUGGCCCCCCUGUCCCCCCUACAGCGGACUCCUCUCCUGCAGAGACCCCUGAGAAGUUCCACUUUGAACAAGGCAAGUUUCACUGCAACUCAUGCACAUUCCUUUGUUCUCGGCUCUCCUCUAUUACCUCUCAUGUGGCUGAAGGCUGCAGGGGGGGACGUGGCGGGGGAGGAAAGCGAGGGACCCCCCACACCCAACCUGUUGUGUCCCCCUUGAGCAAUGGGAACUCUGCUCCCCUGAACAGUGGGACUGCAGAGUCCAGCCAAGGUGAGGGAGACACAGCCCUGGUUCAAAAACAGAAGGGCGCUCGCUUCUCCUGCCCCACGUGUCCCUUUAGCUGCCAGCAGGAACGGGCUCUGAGGACUCACCAGACCCGGGGCUGUCCCCUUGAGUCUGGAAAGCUGCACUGUGGCCUCUGCCCAUUCACUGCUCCUGCCGCUGCCGCCCUGAGGCUCCACCAGAAGCGGAGACACCCCACUGCAACCCCAGCCCGUGGCCCCCGGCCCCCUCUGCAGUGCGGGGACUGUGGUUUCACCUGUAAGCAGAGCCGGUGCCUGCAGCAGCAUCAGCGGCUGAAGCAUGAAGGGGGGAAGCCACAUCAGUGCCCUUUCUGUGACUUUUCCACCACCAGACGGUACCGGUUAGAGGCUCACCAGUCUCGACAUACUGGUGUUGGCCGCAUCCCCUGUAGCUCCUGCCCCCAGACCUUUGGCACCAACUCAAAACUGCGCUUGCACCGGCUGAGGGUACAUGAAAAAACACCUACCCACUUCUGUCCACUCUGUGACUAUAGUGGCUACCUUCGCCACGACAUUACUCGCCAUGUCAACAGCUGCCACCAGGGCACCCCAGCUUUUGCCUGUUCUCAGUGUGAGGCUCAGUUCAGCUCAGAGACAGCACUUAAGCAGCAUGCUCUGCGCCGGCACCCCGAGCCCACACCCCCUGCCCCUGGCUCUCCUGCAGAGGCCACUGAGGGCUCCUUGCAUUGCUCCCGCUGUGGUUUGCUGUGCCCCAGCCCUGCCAGCCUGCGAGGACACACCCGUAAACAGCACCCACGGCUCGAGUGCGGGUCCUGCCAGGAGGCCUUCCCUAGCCGGCCAGCACUGGAUGAGCACCGGAGACAGCAGCAUUUCAGCCACCGCUGCCAGCUCUGUGACUUUGCUGCUCGAGAGCGGGUUGGCCUGGUGAAGCACUACCUGGAACAGCAUGAGCAAGCUUCAGCAGCAGCAGCAGCCUCAGAAAGGGACGCUGGCCAGCCCCCUCUGCACUGUCCCUUUUGUGACUUUGCAUGCCACCAUCAGCUGGUGCUAGAUCACCAUAUGAAAGGGCAUGGGGGCACCCGACUCUACAAGUGCACUGACUGUGCUUAUAGCACCAAGAACCGACAGAAGAUCACCUGGCACAGCCGCAUUCACACUGGGGAAAAGCCUUACCGCUGUCACCUCUGCCCUUACGCCUGUGCCGACCCCUCUCGCCUCAAGUACCAUAUGCGGAUCCACAAGGAGGAACGGAAGUACCUGUGUCCUGAGUGUGGCUACAAGUGCAAGUGGGUCAACCAGCUCAAGUACCACAUGACCAAGCACACAGGACUGAAGCCAUACCAGUGUCCGGAAUGUGAGUACUGCACCAACCGGGCUGAUGCACUGCGUGUGCACCGGGAGACACGGCACCGUGAAGCUCGGGCCUUUAUGUGUGAGCAGUGCGGCAAGGCUUUCAAGACACGCUUCCUGCUACGCACCCACCUCCGCAAGCACAGCGAGGCCAAACCCUACGUGUGCAAUGUAUGCCACCGUGCUUUCCGCUGGGCUGCUGGCCUACGCCAUCAUGCCCUCACCCACACUGACCGCCACCCCUUCUUCUGCCGCCUCUGUAGCUACAAGGCCAAGCAGAAAUUCCAGGUGGUCAAGCACGUGCGCAGGCAUCACCCUGACCAAACUGACCCAAACCAGGGAGUAGGCAAGGACCCCACCACUCCUACAGUACACCUGCAUGAUGUGCAGCUGGAGGAUCCCAGCCCUCCUGCUCCUGCCGCUCCUCAGACUGGACCUGAGGGCUGAGAGCCCACCCCACCUUCCAGACAGCAAGAGAGUGUGUCCAAGAUGUGCGAGAUGAAAACAGCACUAGCCUGGGGAGCUCUGGGUUUAAUAGAGGACUGGCUUUGGGGUGUCAGAGUGACUGAAAUGCUCUUGGGACUCUGGCCAUAGUACGUGGAAAUUUAUAUCUAUAUAAAAGAGGGAUAUGAACCACCACACUAAUGUCUUGUUGAGGCAUACUGUGGUCUUAUCCUGUGAGUUCACAGUUUCUUCACCAUCUGUCCACCAAAAUCCUUGGCCACAAGAUCUUGGUUUUGCUCACUCUGUCUACUCUUUCCUUUUUACUGUAUCAAGUUAUUUUCUUUCAGCAUCUUCAAAACAGUUGUAUCUAACCGCAUGUGCUGUUGUGCCUAAUGCUCUAUAAAGCAUGUUAAAUG